AUGUCAGGAGAGGAGAACGAGUUGAAGGAAUUACACGUUGAAUUAGAUACCACUGAACAACAGGUUGCUUCCAUAAUUGAGUCCUUUAUCGAACUUGGUGUGUCAGUUUACGAUUUUCCAGGUACUAGAGAGGCAACUCAAGGUAUGAUAACAAAUCUGAAAAGAAAUGUAGAUAGAUUGUUUAAAUUGAAUCAAAGAAGUAAUGAUCCGGACUCCCAUUUGAAUAAGACUAACAUUCCACUGGAAGUAGUACAGUAUAUUGAAGAUGGCAGAAAUCCCGAUAUUUAUACUAGAGAAUUUGUAGAAGCUAUUCGUAGAUCGAAUCAAUACCAACGAGCCAAGAUGCAUGGUCUGAAACAAUUGCGGGACUCACUGGCUGAGAAGAUUAUAGAAGAAUUUCCUGAUCUAACUGACAAAGUAGAUAGUAUCAUUCAAAGAACAAAUGCAAAACAAACAGGCACAAACCCAGAACCAACUGACAAUCACAAAACUGAAUCCAGUGUUGAUCUACCUACAGAAGACAAGUGA